ACGAAUUUCCUGAAUUACCCAAAGACACAAGAACCUCAUCCACGUAAUCACGAUCUCUGCUUCAAGAGAACCCAUUUUUUGUACACGAUCUCUGCUUCAAGAAGCCAUUUUUGGCACUAUAAAAUAUGGGAAUUUGGAGGGAAAAGAUUCGUGACUUUCAAAGAGAGACCACUGAUCUGCCAUCUGCUUUGUCCAUUCUCGAUCACCGGCAGCUACCAAUCGGAGUUUGUGAUUCACCGUGGUUGCUUUCCAGAUGGUUUCGAAUAUCCAAGGAGUUGAUACGGAGAGCAGCGACGCGUCUCGUAGUCGGGCUAACAGAACGGGAAAUACUCGCCGUUCUUGGUCUACAAGGGAAGAGCAUGUGUUGUUGUCAUCGUUGAAAGAAUUAGUUGCAAAUGGCUGGAAAUCGGACAAUGGAUUUCGAGCAGGGUUCCUCGGUAAACUUGAGGACGCCUUGAAGAAGGAGUUUCCGGGCACCGAUUUAAAAGCUACACCACAUAUCAAUUCAAAAAUCGGAACUUGGAAAAAAAGCUAUUACUCCUUGACAUCUAUGUUGGGGAAUAGUGGAAUAGGGUUCAAUUCCGACUACAUGAUCGACUGUGACAACGAUCUGUGGGAACAGAUCGUUAAGAAGGAUCCAGCUGCGCGCUCGAUGCGUCAUAAGAGCUGGCCGCUCUUCGAGGAUUGGAAAGAGAUCUUCGGCAAGGAUCGUGCGAAUGGUGACAAGGCAGAGGACUUGAUGGAUGCCAUCAACGACAUGACAAGUCGUGAUAAUUUGGAGCGGGACGCAAUUCCGGAAGAGCAGGGUCAAAAUGUACAACUGGAGGAUGAAAAUGACAUUGAUGCAGUUGACGAUAGCGCAUGUCAAAGUCAGAAAGAAGGUGAUAGGGCACGGGCAUCGAGGAAGAAGCGCAGACAGGAUGAAGCAAUAGAUAGAGUGCAUGACAUGCUUGUUGAGCUUGGGCGCAACACGGAUAAGCGGCUUGAACACAUAGGGAAUCGAAUUGGCUACGAGUUCGAUCUUAGCAAGGCACGCACUGAAGUGUAUGAAACAUUAGGCGCUAUUCCAGAUGUAUCAAAGAUUGAGAAGUUCGAAGUGUGCGAGAUAUUAUGUGACAAUUUGACAAGACUCGAGCUGUUCAUGAGUCUCCCGAAGGACGCUAGAUCUGAAUACUUGAUGCGCGUGCUCGCGACCCGCAAGCAGUAGAAGUUAACUAUGAUUUAUUUUAUAUGCUUUUUGUCUUAUUUCUGAACUGGAAUUCUCAUUUAAACUCGUUCUAUUUGUUUUGUCUUGCAUCUUCUAGACGGGUACUCUUUUUCCCUCUUAGGAGGUUUUUAAUGAGGCCCGGCCCUUGACUUGCGUCUGUGCUUGCUUGGGUUCCUUAGGUCAUCCCUUUUCAUUCUGUUUUUCAUUUAUUCUUAAUUAAAUUUCAUAUCAUCUUGUUGGUGAA